AUGAUUGGUGUUAAAUUGAGGGGAAAAGGAGAGAUAAAGAGAAGAAAUCAGCUGGAACAGAGUAAUUUCGCCCUUUGUAAAUCGAAGAGCACAGUGUAUCUGACUGAGAUUUUGCUCUUGUCCUACAGUGAAAAAGGCAAUACUGUUCCUGGAUAUGAUUUUUUGGUGAACUCUGUCUGGCCAGAGAUAGUACGAGGAUUAGAAGAAAAGUUGCCUUCUCUUUUUAAUCCUGGGAAUCCUGAUGCAUUUCACGAGAAAUACACCAUAAGUAUGGAUUUUGUGAGAGCAUUUGAACAGCAAUGUGGAUCACAGGCCAGUGUGAGAAGAUUAAGAGCACAUCCUGCCUAUCACAGCUUCAAUAAUAAGUGGAAUUUACCUGUUUAUUUUCAAAUAAGAUUCAGAGAAAUUGCAGGAUCCUUAGAAGCAGCACUUACAGAUGUACUGGAGGACGCUCCAGCUGGCAGUUCGUUUUGCCUCUUGGCUUCGCACAGGACGUGGGGCAGCCUGCAGAGGUGCUGGUCAGACGAGAUGUUCUUGCCGGUUCUGGUGCCUCGUCUGUGGAGGCUCACGCUGCAGGUCCUGGCUCGGUACUCCGUGUUCGUCAGUGAGCUUUUACUCAGGCCCAUCUCUAAUGAAAGUGCCAAGGAUAUUAAAAAGCCUUUGGUAACUGGUAGCAAAGACCCUUCAGUUACCCAAGGAAAUGGUGAAGACCAAGGAAGUGCCCCUUCGGAAACAAAGCCCGUGGUCUCCAUUUCCAGUACGCAACUUGUAUAUGUGGUCGCAGACCUGGACAAGCUUCAGGAGCAGCUUCCAGAACUCUUGGAAACAAUCAAGCCAAAACUUGAAAUGAUUGGCUUUAAGAAUUUUUCUUCUAUCUCAGCAGCCCUGGAGGACUCCCAGACGUCUCUGGCAGCCUGUGUUCCUGCUUUGAGUAACAGGAUCAUCCAAGACUUAAGUGAGUCUUGCUUCAGUUACCUGAAAAGUGCCCUGGAGGUCCCUAGGCUUUACCGAAGAACCAAUAAGGAGGUGCCAACAACAGCCUCCUCUUAUGUGGACAGUGCUCUGAAGCCAUUUGACCAGCUUCAGAGUGGGCACAAGGAUAAGCUCAAACGGGCAAUAAUUCAGCAGUGGCUAGAAGGCGCACUUUCUGAGAGCACUCAUAAGUAAGUACCUGAGAAGUAGGUUAUUCCAGGCGUUCUUAGACAAGCCCUGAGUCAGAGACCACUGAGGCCACCGGAGGGUUGCAUGUGGACAAGGUGGUGAGCCCAUCAAAUAAGGGUGUUGCUGGACGAGUCGGGCGUAGGCACUCAGUCCUUCCUGUGUUGAUGGUGGAGCUGUGCUCGCUCCACUCGCCCUGCACCCAGAGCACGUCGGGCCGCCUGCCUCCACCUAGACCGCCUCCCGGCUUCCCCGGGGCUCACACUGGUCCUGUACCUCUCUGGGCACGCCUGGGCUUUGCUGUCCGUGAUGCGCCUCCUGCAGGCCUCUUUCUCCAAGUCCAGGCUUACUUUUUCUUUGAAGAUCCUUUCUCAGCUGUGACCAAAAUGGCUCUGAUCACGCCACGUAAUCAAAGGCUUGUACCGGUGAGACCACUGCGGUCUAGAAGAGAAAACAUACAUUCAGAAGUAGCAUUACAGUGGAUAAGUGUUCCAUGUCUAAAACCCUGUAGCCCUUGAAAGUAUAAGGAGGUCUUCCAACAUCCCUGUGGUUCAGUGUCUCCUCGUUUCUCAUUUAAUCAACUCUUCCCCAAAUGCCAGCAUUGAGUUAUGUCAAAAGUAUAUUAUUCAAUUUUAUUAUUGAAUUUUGUUUAUUUUGCAAUAGUAUUUGAUUUAUUUCAGUUGCUUCUGAAUUAAGUGACAUUUGUGGGUUAAUUUAGAGCAUAACAAUGGGUUACAGUAUUGCUUUUGUGGGCAAAUACAUUCCAAGUGCCAAGUAACCAGCUUGUAAACAAAGUUUUGAAAUGCAACUCAUUUAUAAUUUGCAAAUUUUAUUGAGAAUAUUGUGAAGGUAAUUAGUUUUAUUUAAAAAUCUAAAUGCUUCCCUUCUUUAAAAGAUGAACUGUUUCUAGAACUGACCAUAAAUGAAUCUGUUACUUGCACUUGGGGAAUGAGCUCCAGAUGUUCACCCUUCAAGUAAGAAAGACCAUUUGGCUCACAAUUUCCUCUUAGUGUUCGGGAGUAAAAUUGUACACAAAGUCCAUGUACAUAUUUCUUCAGUUCUGAGGGAAUGCAGUGCUAGAGAGUCAAGACCCGCCCUUUGGGGGCUCCUGGGUGGCUCAGUCGGUUAAGUACCUGCCUUCGGCUCAGGUCGUGAUCCCCAGGUC